CAACCGAAGGUCGCACAAUUUAGUUGCAAUUGAGGAGGGUCCAUGACUAUUCACUAGAUUGAAAACCAACUGGAUAUACGCAGUACCGUUUCAACGAAACACUCGCGCUCAGUCGUUCUCCGUCCGCGAACAAUUCCACAUCGGUUGGCAGAGCCUCGACAUUUUAGAAAGAUUGGAUUAUAGACUACAAGAUGCCGACGUACAAGCUAACGUAUUUUAAUGUUACCGGUCUUGGGGAGUCAAUUAGGUACAUGUUUAAUCAUUUGGGCAUCAAAUUCGAGGAUGUUAGACUUUCCUUCGAUGAUUGGCCAAAGUACAAAUCAAACAUGCCCUUUGGACAAAUGCCGGUCCUGGAGAUCGACGGUAAGCAAUAUCAUCAGUCUAGAGCCAUCGGACGCUUUAUCGCGAAGAAGGGCAAGUUAUACGGAAAUGACGAUCUCGAGGCCAUGGAGAUCGAUGCUAUUAUUGAUUCUAUGGAUGAUAUAAGACAAGCUAUGUCCCUUUAUUAUUGGGAACAAGACCCCGCCUUCAAAGCGAAACUCAAGGAGACUGCCUUCCAAAAAUGGCCCAUCUAUCUCGACAAAUUUGAGGCACAGGUUAAGAAGAACGGCGGACACUUUGUCGGUGGCAAGUUGUCGUGGGCAGAUUUCCUGUGGGCUGGGAAUUGUGACUAUCUGAGCUUCAUCCUGGCCGGAGAUCCGAACAAAGAUCAUCCCGAAUUGAAGAAGCUAGUGGAGAAAGUUCGCGCUUUGCCCAACGUUAAAGCUUACCUCGAGAAACGACCCAAGACUCAAUUGUAAAUAAAGCGAUUUUUACUUUAUGCACUUCCUUUGAUUUGUUACACGUCGACAUCGUUCUUUAAUGACUAUUCUCUUUCCGUUUUGUAAAAGAAUAGCAUAUGCUAAUGUGUUAUUUCCGAAUAGCUGUAAUCAAUUUCUCUGUAAUAACUAAUAUUAUUAUGUAACACAUAUAAAAAGGAAAUAAAAUCUUUUCUAUUCAGUAAAA